UUUGUUUUUUGUUUUAAAUAAAUUUUUUAAGCUGUAUUUUAUUUUUCUUUGACCAGUUUUUAAUAAAACCGCGUUUCAACACAGUCCCCUGUUUCAAUUCAAAGUCAUUACCUUUGAUUUUCGCAACCCAUCCAGAUUUUCUCUUCUCUUCUUUUCUUCUCCAUAUUUGCUCUUGUGCUCCUCAUUAAUGUCAUUAAAUCAGAUUGAUUCACAUCAACGACUCAGCUCACUUUUUCCCGGCUUUUCACUUCUCUCUAAUUUAACUUUUUCCUCUUUUGGGUUCCUCCUUUUAUUGCUAACUUCUUUUUCUUCAAGUGAAAAAUCCAACUUAUAUUUCUUGUUUUCUCUUAUAUUCCAGUUUUGAUUCGGGUUUCAGAUUGAUUCUCUUGUUUUCUCUUUUCUGGGUCUGGGGUUAAACUUUUGUAUUUUCAUGUAGGAUUUUCUCUGCAACCAAACAGGAAGAGAUUGCUGAUAUGUUAACCAGGUUUUCUCUUAUUCUCAUUUUGGCCUUUCUCUCGGUUUUUUCUGGAGGUUUAGAAGUAGUCGCAGGAAGCCAUGAUCACUCCGAAAAUCUCAAAUCCAAUACAUCAACUCUUCCGGGCAUAGAAUUUCCCGACCACAUGAGCUUCAAUGCGGUUUCCUCUUCACCCCCUAAUGAUUGCAGCUUCCCAUCAACAAAGAAAGUGAAGACGUCGGAUAGACAGGAAGAAGACGAGUAUCUCAGCGAUGAUGAUGGCGAAAAAGAAGAAGGAUAUAAGAGAGAUAAACAUAAGGUGAAGCUUCAUCUGAAGCGCCGGUCAACGGGUAAAGAAUCAGAGCCUGGAAAAUCUGUGGCCGAGUUCAAGGUAAGGGACUUGACAAGAAUUCAAACACUCCAUACAAGGGUGACAGAGAAGAAGAACCAGAACACCAUUUCAAGGUUGAAGAAAACCAUGGAGGAAUCAAAGAAGAAAAAAAAGAAGAUUGAAAUGAAUGUAGUCCCACCGGCUGCAUCGCCGGAGUCGUAUUCAACCGGGCUUUCUGGGCAGCUAGUGGCGACUUUAGAAUCAGGGGUGAGUCUCGGAUCAGGAGAAUACUUUAUCGAUGUGUUUGUGGGUACACCUCCAAAACAUUUCUCUUUGAUUCUUGACACUGGUAGUGAUCUAAACUGGAUUCAAUGUGUCCCUUGUUACGAUUGUUUCGAGCAAAAUGGACCUUAUUAUGAUCCUAAAGAGUCUUCUUCUUUCAAGAAGAUAACUUGCAAUGAUCCAAGAUGCCAGUUGGUUUCAUCCCCUGAUCCUCCUCAACCUUGCAAAGCUGAGAACCAAACAUGCCCUUAUUACUAUUGGUAUGGAGAUAGUUCCAACACUACUGGAGAUUUCUCAGUCGAAACCUUCCGUGUUAAUCUGAGCAGGGCUGAUGGAAGAUCAGAAUUUAAGCGUGUAGAGAAUGUGAUGUUCGGUUGUGGUCACUGGAAUAGGGGUCUUUUCCAUGGAGCUGCAGGUCUAUUAGGACUUGGAAGAGGGCCUUUAUCAUUUUCUUCUCAGCUGCAAUCUGUGUACGGUCAAUCCUUCUCCUACUGCCUUGUAGACAGAAACAGUGAGAGUAAUGUUAGCAGCAAGUUGAUAUUUGGGGAGGACAAGGAUCUUUUGACCCACCCAGAUCUAAAUUUCACAGCUUUAGUCAAUGGUAAACAGAAUGCAGUAGAUACAUUUUACUACCUGCAGAUAAAAUCAAUAAAGGUUGGAGGUGAGAUGGUGAACAUCCCAGAGGGGACAUGGAAUUUGUCUGAAGAUGGAGGUGGGGGAACAAUCAUUGAUUCAGGAACAACUCUAAGUUACUUUGCAGAACCUGCAUAUGAGAUUAUAAAGAAAGAAUUUGUGAAGAAAGUGAAAGGGUACAGGGUUAUAAAAGAUUUCCCAUUGUUGGAUCCAUGUUACAAUGUGUCUGGAGUUGAGAAAAUGGAGUUGCCUGAAUUUGGGAUUGUUUUCUCAGAUGGAGCAGAGUGGAAUUUCCCAGUUGAGAAUUACUUUAUCUGGCUGGAAGAAGAUGUGGUUUGUUUGGCAAUUCUGGGGACUCCAAGAUCAGCUCUUUCCAUAAUUGGGAAUUAUCAGCAGCAGAAUUUUCAUAUAUUGUAUGAUAUUAAUAACUCCAGGCUGGGAUAUGCGCCAAUGAGCUGUGCUCAGGUUUAACCCCAACCCACCACCACUCAUGCCUCACCUGGAUAUAUAUAUAUUUUUUUUACAUUUUCGUCUAAAGAACAUUUGACAUACAAGAAAUUCAUUUUUUUUAUUUAUUAAAAGUAAAACAUAUUCUACGAUUGAUGUAAUAAUGAUUUUUGUUUAUAAGAAUAUACCAACGUGGAUCUAUGGAGAUGUGUAUAAA